AUGACCGAGCCAACGAUCCAGCAACACGCAUCGGCACCAACAAGCCUCAAUGGUGGCGUCGACCCUUCACAAGCCAGUAUAAAUAGUCCAGCAUCCUUGACUGGCAGCGACCUGGUCAAGCAUCUGGAAUGGAUCGCCUACUCUUUCGUCGACGCUAUCAACGAUCGUGACCUCACAUGGCUCGGAGACAAUGGGCCAAUGUCACCAUACAUCUCACAGGACUUUGUCGGCGAACAAGAACGUAUUCCAGGGAGCUCGCAGACCGGCUUUGUCGGUCGCGAAGAACAUGCGAAAUUCUUCCCUAUGAUUCUCGCGUGGUCUCCGAACUACAAGAUCCGCAUCUUCGACCUUAGUACCUGCGUUGAUGAAAGGAAGGGCAAAGCUGUGAUGUUCUUCAACGGGGAGUCGACCGGCAUAGGCGACCUUGCUAUGCCCAGCACUUGCACAGUCGAUUUUCAAAGAUAUGACGAUGGUCAUUGGAAGAUGUGUCGAUUCGCCGGCGUCCGCGGCAUGGUCGAUGGGUGCGAGCUUGUCAGUCCUGACGUAGAUUGAAGGAAAACCAUCGGCUGGCCAGUAGCCCUACCACUUACGAAUGAGAUUCCUUUUUGUUGAAUGGGUUUGGUGAAGCAGG